UUAAUUUUAGGCCUAAUGUUUUACCUAUUUAAGCGACAGAAAACGUGUUUUUCUACCGAGACAUUUACUGUACGACUUAUCUAAUUGAUGGAUAGCAACAAACAUGGCGAACACCGGUCUCUCACAACUGUACUCGAUAAUAUUCAAACAGGAAAAUGCUCAUGAGGACAGUAUCUGGAGCUGUGCAUGGCAGCAGAGUGAUAGAGACCGGUCAGAAAACAUCAUCACUGGGGGCAUCGAUGACCUCGUCAAAGUCUGGAAAUGGACAGGAGAAAAGCUGGAGCUCAGACAUGUCCUUGAAGGUCAUCAACUCGGGGUCGUUUCUGUGGAUAUGAACCUGAGUGGCACAUUGGCGGCCUCCAGUAGUCUGGACAGUCACGUCAGGGUGUGGGACGUGGACACGGGUAAAUGUAUCAAAAGUAUGGAGGCUGGACCAGUGGAUGCCUGGACUAUCAGCUUUUCGCCAGACUCCCGAUUUUUAGCAACAGGAAGCCACAGCGGAAAAAUCAACCUGUUUGGGGUGGAGUCAGGACGUAAAGAAGAAUCUCUGGACAUCAGGGGAGGGUUCACUCUAAGUAUUGCUUAUAGCCCUGAUGGGAAGUUAAUUGCCUCUGGUGCUAUAGACGGAAUCAUCAACAUAUUUGACACACAGACUGGUCGAUUAAUACAUACUCUGGAAGGUCACGCUAAGCCGAUCCGGUCACUGUGCUUCUCGCCAGAUUCCCAGCUGUUAGUGACCGGCUCCGACGACAACCAGAUCAAGAUCUACGAUGUGCAGCAUGCUAACUCAGUCGGAACCCUCUCUGGACAUGGAUCCUGGAUCCUCAGUGUGGAUUUCUGUCCGGAUAACACCCACUUUGUUUCCAGUUCCUCAGACAAGACAGUGAAGAUCUGGAACGCUGGCAGCAGGCAGUGUGUACACACAUUCUACGAUCACUCGGACCAGGUAUGGAGUGCCAAAUACAACAGUGCAGGGUCCAAGAUCGUGUCCGUGUCUGACGACCGGGCCGUCCACAUCUACGACUGUCCACCCGUGUGAUGUCAUCACUAUUGUUACAUCAUCAUCUCAUUCAUCAUCAGACUUAUCCUGUGAACUAAAAAAAAGUGGUGU